AGUGUCCCACCAGACAGCUGAAGAAAUAGAACUUAAGUUUCAAAAAAGGCACUUGGGCUAGACGCUGAAGGGGAAAACGAAAGGCAGUUGCUGGCAAAGAGGACCAGCCAGCCAGUGGCACCGAUGAUUUGAUGGCAGGAGAACAUGGGCAAGCAGAGAGCAUGAAAGCCUAUCUAAAGAGCACAGAUGGUUUUUUUGUCCUGAAUAAAAGUACUACGAUUGGCAGGCACAAAGACUCAGACCUUGUUUUAGAGUCUGCUGACAUCGACAACCAUCACGCGCUCAUUGAAUAUAAUGAGGCCGAGGGCAGCUUUGUUCUCCAGGACUUCAAUUCCCGCAAUGGCACCUUCGUCAACGAGUGUCACAUUCAGAAUGUGGCUGUGAAGCUGUUACCUGGAGACGUCCUGAAGUUUGGGUCUGGAGGGCUGGCUUAUGAACUGGUCAUGGAAAACCCAUCCUCGGCCUCCUUCCCAUGGAUGCAUGGCCCGACUCUCUGGUCAAGGCCACAGCCGCCUCGAGCCACUCAGCGGCCAAAGGAGUCAUCCUCACCACCACAGAUGCCCUUCCAUCAGGGUGCCCGGCCAACACCCGUGCAGAGGAGCUGGUCCCAGGGGUUCCCUAGGCCCACCAUGGCCCCGCCUGGCCUGAACCAGCGGCCGGUGAGCACCAGCGGGCGGAUGUUCUCCUUCGUGAUGGACAGCUCCCCAGGGGCUCCCUUCAUCAAGCAAGUGUGGGCCAAUGCCAUGGACCUGUCGGAACCAUCAGUGACUGAGGAAAUUCCUGGAGCAGGAAUUCCCAGGGAGAUUUAUAUGGAACAGGACCUGGGCCAGCACGAAAAGGACGAAAUAAUUCUGUUGCUGGGAAAAGAAGUCAGCCGCCUCUCAGAUUUUGAACUUGAAUCCAAAUACAAAGACGCCAUGAUAGCAAACCUGCAGAAUGAAUUGGCCGACCUGAGUCAGAAGCUGUCGGACUCAGUCACCUCCAGACAAGAGAGGGUGGUCACACAGAAGGUUCUGGAUGAAGACAUCAGUGCCAAACAGAAAGAGAUCCAGAACCUGAAAAACCAGAUCGGCGCCCUCCAGAAAGGAUACAGCCAGGUGCUGUGCCAGACAAUGUUGGAGAGGAACUCAGAAAUCACAAACCUGAAGAAAGAGGGUGAGAACUUAAGGCGGGACAAGGCCCUGUCCGCAGGGAUAGUGUCUUCUCUGCAAAAAGACUUGCUAGACAAGGAUGAGCAGGUCCAACAGCUAAAGCAGGAGGUGAAUCAGCUGAAAAGUGAGAACAAAGAAAAGAAUCACCAGCUGGACGCCCUCAACUCCAGAUGCUCGGUGCUGAAAGAAGAGUUAAAAAGAGAAGAGAGUCAGAAAGAGCACAGGGAAAACCAGGAGAAAGAGCUAAAACUCUAUAAAACUCAAAUCCAAGACAUGGAAAAAGAAAUGAAGAAGCUCAAGGAUGAAUUGAAGAAGAGUUCUACCGAACAGAACAUGAUCUCUAAGACGCUUCGGGAAAAGAGCAAGGUUGAAGAGAAGCUUCAGGAGGAUUCCAGAAGGAAAUUGCUUCAGCUACAAGAAAUGGGGAACAGAGAAAACCUCAUUAGAGUCAAUUUGGAAAGGGCAGUAGGUCAGCUGGAGCACUUUAGGAGCCAGGUCAUCAAGGCCACCUACGGACGCGUGAAGCCGUCCCAGGACAAGCCCAUCACCGAUCAGCAGUUAAUCGAGAAGAUCACCCAGGUCACGGAGGACAACAUCAGCCUGCAGCAGAGGAAGUGGAGCCUGCAGAAGGAGACCCAGCUCAGCAGCUCCAAGCAGGAGGAGCUCACCGAGAACGUGGAGAGGCUGAAGUCGUCCUUAGACAGCUGCCAGGUCUGCAUGAGGAUGUCUGGCUGCAGCAGGGACCUGAAGAAGGAGGUGGACCGUCUCCAGUUCCUGCAGACCAGCCCACCGGUGUCGGGGCUCCAGAAGGUGGCGCUGGACAUCGUGCGUGGGGCACUGUCCUGGCUGGAGGACAUCGAGAGGCUCCUCCAGGACGUGGGGAUCCAGUUAUCCAGCUCGGACAAAGGAUUCUCCUCGUAUCUGAAAUAUCUUCUGGAACACUAUAAGAAAAUUACGAGCCACACCCAGGAACUUCAGAUCAAGAUCAGCAGUUCUCAGGAGACUCAGAAGAUCUUGCUGCAAGAAAAGCUACAGGAGCAUCUGGCUGAGAAGGAGAAGCUGAACCAGGAAAGGCUGCAGCAAGAGGAGAAGCUAAAAGCCAGAAUCAAGCUGCUGAUAGAAGAAAAGGUGGCUUUGGAGGAAAGCAUUACUCAAGAGAGAAACAAAGUGCAAGAAGCACUAGAGGAAGAACGGAAGAGAGUCCAGGAGCUGCAGAAUUGCUUCGCCCGCCAGAAGAAGGCUUUGGAGGAGAGCAUUACUCAAGAGAAAAGCAGAGCAAAAGAAGCAUUAGCGGAAGAACAGACCAGAGUCCAAGAGCUGGAGAACCUUUUAACCCAGCAGAAGGAGGUAUGCAGCUCGGGGAGAUAGAGAGAAAAGAAAAGCGAAGGAGCCUUAGAGAUGGAGAAACGGAAAGUUCAAGAUCUGGAGAACCACUUAACUCAGCAUAAGGAGAUUUCCGAGAGCAGCAUUGCCUACGAGAAACACAAAGCGAAGGAGGCCAUCGAGAAGGAAAGGAAGCGGGUGCAGGAUCUGGAGAACCACUUAACCAAGCAGAAAGAGGAAAUAGAUUCAAAAGAGCAAAAAGAAGAUGUUUUAAACAAUAAAUUAAAGGAUACACUGGCCAUGUUGGAAGAGACUCAGAAAGCAAAGAUGUCGGAGAGUCUCAAAGCAGAGGGCCUCGCCUUGAAGUUGAAGGAGACACUGGCUGAGCUGGAGACAGCCAAGACAAAAAUGGUCAUGAUGGAGGAGCAGAUGCAUCUGCAACAGCAGACAGUAAAGACCUUCCAGGAAAAGCAAGAAUCCCAGAAAUAUGAGUUUGAAGAAGAAAUCAGGCAGUACAAGGAACAAAUCAAGCAACACUCACAGACCAUCGUGAGUCUGGAAGAAAGACUCCAAAAAGUGACUGAACACCAUAAAAAAAUAGAAGGAGAGAUUGCAACGUUGAAAGACAACGACCCGGCUCAGGAGGAGAUACAGCAGGAGGCUCCGGCAGCACCCCAGUCCAUGGACAACACCAAAGAUUCCGUGUGCGACCACCUGAUAGCAGAUUUACUGAUGGCUCAGAAGGAAAUCCUGUCCCAGCAGGAGCUCAUCAUGCGGUUAAGGAAGGACCUCACUGAAGCCCACAGCCGAAUGUCAGACCUGAGAGGGGAGCUUACUGAGAAGCAGAAGAUAGAAUUGGAGCGGAACGUGGCACUGGUCCAGCAACAAAACAGCGAGCUGAAAGGGCUCAAGGAAAAGAUCGGGCAGUUGACCAGCCUGGUGGAAAGCAAGGACCAGGAAAUGCAGGUCCUCAAGGAGGUGGUCAGGGCCUCGCAGGAGAAACACAAACCCCAGCCGCACAAGGAGAAGGGGGAGAAGCCCCAGGAUACGGCCCGGACAUGUGACAUCUCGGUGCAGAUAGACCCAGUGCAAACCGAUAUCUUCCUGAACAGCCAAGAGGAGCAGUCCUUCAGCGACCUUGGGGCCAAGUGCAAGGGGUCCCGACACGAGGAAGUCAUCCAGCGUCAGAGAAGGGCCUUAUCUGAACUCCGAAUGAGAAUUAAAGAACUGGAGAAGGCCCACUCAUUGAAUCAUAAGGACCACCUGAAUGAAUCAUUUCUCGACUUAACGGCUCCCAGGAUGGAAAAAAAUGUCCCGAAAAUAAUGGACAUCAAGCCUGACCUGCCAAGUCCCUCAAGACUAGAGUUCCAGAUGUCUCAAAAUGGCCUUGCCGACUCAGAGUUCAUCCCGACCAUGGAGAAGUCAGGGAAAAAGGAUGUGGUGGAGGCUUUAGAUCUCAGCGAAAAGCUGUACAUGGACAUGAGCAAAACGCUCGGGACACUGAUGAACAUCAAAAAUCUGUCUGGCCAUGUGUCCAUUAAGUACCUGUCCCCCAAAGAGCGGGAGAAAGUCAACCAUCUCCGACAGAAGGACCUCGAUCUGGUGUUCGAGAAGAUCACCCAACUCAAGAACCGGCUGGAGAGAAAAGAGGAGCUUUUGAGAGGAUACGAGAAAGACAUCGAGCAGCUCAGGCAAAGCAAAGUGUCGGUUCAGAUGUACCAGUCACAGGUGGCGAAGCUGGAGGACAACAUCUACAAGGAGACGGAAGAGAAGGCCCUGCUCAAGGAGGCCCUGGAGCGCACAGAGCAGCAGCUGCACCAGGAGAAAAGGCUCAACAGGGCCAUGAGGCAACAGAAGGAGUGUUUAGAAGAUCAAGAGCAGAGAAAUACAAAAGAAUCAACACCUUCCAACUUCUUCAAAGAGAAAGAGAGGCAGAGACAAAUGUUUGUAGAGAUGGUGAAGAACAAGAUGCAGAACUCGAAUUUCCAGGUUGGAGCCAGAAAAGCCACCUCGAAGAUCGACCAAGAAAGAGAGAUACUGAAGAAAGAAGCCCCCGGCAAAUCCAACCAGAGCCGUCCAUUUCCUAAGCCUGCUGGAAGGAACUAGAACUAGAAACGCCAUCCUGCCCAGCCUUGUGUGACCCUCCGUGAGUCCGUGUGACUCUUCUGUGUCAAAAUACUAAGAUGCUUUUGUAGGACUUUAAAGGUUGUUAUCCUCACAUUUGCUUCCUAGGCUGGUAUUUUGCACAGUGGUAUGUUCUGGAGUGCGUGGGGAGAAUUGUUC